AUGGAUAACAAUGAGAACAUAGACUCGAACGAUAACUCCUCCGACACCAACACGGGGAACUACAACCAGGGGAAAAACGAAAACGUAUCGGAGGAAAUGGACUUCUGCAAAGAAGACAACGAACUGGAUGGAAACAACAGGGAAUCAUCCCAAUCGAAGCAGGAUAAUAUGGCAAAGACAAAAAAUGCUUCGGAUAAGGAUGACAUAAACAUGGUCGACUAUAGUGACCAUCAUUUCCCAUGCCACCCGGCGCCACCCGUAUCGAUAAAGCUUUUCAUAGGAAGAGUGCCAAAAACUAUGGAGGAAGAACAGGUACGACCCAUAUUUGAAGAAUUUGGACUCGUAAAAGAAGUUGUAAUCAUAAGGGAUAAAAUUACAAAUAUACACAAAUCAAGUGCCUUUGUAAAAAUGGUAUCCAUCUCAGAAGCAGAUAAUGCCAUACGGUCACUGAACAAUCAAAGAACAUUGGAUCCUCAGCUUGGUUCACUCCAAGUAAAGUACGCAUCCGGAGAAAUUAUGAAAUUAGGAUUUCCACAAAAUGUCGAAUCAGGUGUUGAUCAGGCAAAACUGUUUAUUGGAUCUUUGCCAAAAAAUAUAACAGAAGAAAGUGUGAAGGAAAUGUUUUCACCUUAUGGUUCUGUAGAGGAGGUAUUCAUAAUGAAAGAUAAUUCAACCGGAUUAGGAAAGGGAUGUUCUUUUGUAAAAUUUGCUUACAAGGAACAAGCACUUUAUGCCAUAAACUCUCUAAAUGGGAAGAAAACAUUAGAAGGAUGUGCACGUCCUGUGGAAGUCCGAUUUGCAGAACCCAAGUCGGCUAAGCAGGCACAAAUUCCCAUGACUCUGCAACCCAUGCAGAAUACAUCUCAUGGUAUUUCCUCGCAACCACAUGUGACCAGCCCGAACAAUAUCAAUUUUGGCAAUAACUUUGGCGUUAAUAAUAACUACCCGCGACAAGUUGGUGCCUGGAAGGAAUACUACUCUGGAGAGGGAAGACCUUACUACUACAAUGAACGGACCAACACAACACAGUGGGAAAUUCCAAAAGAAUUUGAAACCCUCUUUAUGGGUAAUACCCACAAUAUUCACAAUCUUUCUGACUCAUCAGGCCCCCCAGGAGCGAACUUAUUCAUCUUCCACGUGCCGAACGAAUGGCACCAAACAGACCUCAUCCAGGCCUUUUCCCCGUUUGGCGAACUUUUGUCUGCCAGAAUUGCAACCGAGAAAAGUACCGGCCGAAACAGAGGUUUCGCAUUCGUCUCGUACGAAAGUAUUGAAAGUGCCGCGGCGGCAAUUUCACAGAUGAACGGAUUUAUGGCAUUAAAUAAAAAGUUAAAGGUAACUGUGAAGAAGGGAGAAGAAGAGGAAAUGAAAAAGUUCGUCAACCAAAAUGGGAUAAACUCCUUCCAGCAAAUGUCCAGACCGCAAAAAAACAUCCCAGCGCAACCCAAUGCAAUAGCACAGCCAAGUUUCCCACCACACCAAAAUGCCCAACCACAGAAUUUUUUCUACUCCAAUAGCAACAGUUAUAGGUGUGGGCCUUAUUGA